ACGUUCCAAGUUACAACUGGAACCAGCCGCAUUAUCAGUACGAGCAAGAAAGCAUCAUCCCCCCAUCCACCUCCAAGACACAAACAAAACCAGAACCAAAAGCAAAAACAAUGUCUUUCGAACCCAAGCAGAAAGUCGACCUGGACCCGCCCAAAGACGACAUCAUCACCUUGGAAUACCUGUCCAAAUGCGAUGGUAAACACGAGGGUUAUCCUACCUAUGUCGCGAUCAAGGGAACCGUCUUUGAUGUCACGGGAAAUAAAGCCUAUGGACCUGAUGGAAGUUAUAAAGUCUUUGCAGGACGAGAUGCCUCUCGAGCGCUCGCGCAGAGUUCUCUCAAGGAAGAUCAAUGUCGUCCGGACUGGUACGAUUUGACGGAUGAUCAGAAGAAGGUGUUGAGUGACUGGUGUACAUUUUUCAGUAAGCGGUACAAUAUCAAGGGGAAAGUGGAGGGGGCGGAGAAUACGGGAGAGUAGAGUAGAGGAGGCGGUAGAGGAAGAGAUAUGGAAUGCAGUUUGAGAGGAAAGAAAGAAAGACAAUCAAUCGUUGUUGUUAUGAGACAUUUCUUUUCGUUAUUUUCGCGCCUCUCUAAAUUCACGCUUUUUCCAAAUAUCAACCAAAU